UUAAAGGAAGUGAAAUAUUUUCAUUUCCUCUUCCAAAAGAAGACUGGACGCAGGAUUAACAACACAAUUUAUCUGGACUCUGGGUGAGGUCGUUCUGCUAUGAGGUUGACUGUGCUUUUCUUGGGGGCUUUGCUGGGGCCACUAGCAGCCCAGGAGACAGAGAAUGACUGUCCUCACAAGAAAUCAGCUACUCUGCUACCAUCCUUCACGGUGACACCUACAGCUACGGGAAGCACAAGCAGCCCUGGGACAACCAUCCACAGCACUACCAAGAGACACAGAACCACCACCAGCCAUGAACCCACAACUGCUACUCAUACCACCAACCAUGAACCCACAACUGCUACUCACACCACCAGCCAUGAACCCACAACUGCUACUCACACCACCAGCCAUGAGCCCACAACUGCUACUCACAAUCCUGCUACCACCACCAGUCAUGGAAAUACCACAGUUCAUCCAACAACAGAUAACAGCACUGCCACCAGCUCAGGAUUCAGUACCAGUUCUCCCCACCCAGGACCACCACCACCCUCUCCAAGUCCCAGCCCAGGCUCCAAGGAGGCUAUAGGAGACUACCUGUGGACUAAUGGUUCCCAGCCCUGUGUCCGACUCCAAGCCCAGAUUAAGUUUCGAAUUCUGUAUCCAAUUCAGGGUGGAGGAGAGAUGUGGGGUGUGUCUGUACUGAAUCCCAACAAAACCAAGGCCCAAGGGGCCUGUGAAGGCAUCCACCCUCAAUUACUUCUCUCAUUUCCCUAUGGACAACUCAGCUUUGGAUUCAAGCAGGAGCCACUGCCGGGCGUUGUCUACAUGAACUAUAUGGAUGUGGAGUACAACGUGUCCUUCCCCCAGGCAGCACGCUGGAGGUUUUCAGUUCAUAAUGUAUCCCUUCAAGAACUCCAAGCUCCGCUGGGUCACAGCUUCAGUUGUAGAAAUGCAACCAUCACUCUUUCACCAACUUUUCAUCUCGACCUGCUCUACCUGAAGCUACAAGCUGCUGAGCUGCCCCCCACUGGGAGCUUUGGGCCAAGUUUCUCUUGUCCUGGUGACCGUUCCAUCUGGCUGCCUCUCAUCAUCGGCCUGAUCCUCCUUGGCCUCCUCACCCUGGUGCUUGUGACCUUCUGUAUCGUACAGAGACGCCCACCCACUUACCAGCCCCUCUGAGCAUGGGCUGCAACAACCAGGGCAACAGAGGGUGUCCUUACUUUUCAACACUUCAAUAGACUGAUGGUUAUCUUCCUUCUCUGUCUUUAAGCACAAAAGUAGAGAUAAUGUAAUAAGGAGGGAUGGGGGGAUUUUCACUAUAAAUAUUAGAACCUCCCACCCCCACUGGAGAGUAGCAAAACCUACUGAAGCCUUUGUCCUUGGCUUUUUAUAUCUUUCCUUCCUACUGGGAAUAAAAGCUGAAAGUUUACUGUUA